AUGUGGGUGGGUGAGUUCUCAUCAAUUACUACUGCUGAUGCUAAGAGACAUGUUCGAAUGAUAAACGAAUUGGGUGAAGGUUAUGUACUGACGAUUCGUUGCAAAUCAAAGGAUGAUGAUUUGGGUGUCCAUUACAUUCCUUAUAAACAGUAUUUCGAGUGGGGUUUCAAUGACAACUUCUGGGAAACUACACUUUUCUUUUGCCGCAUUCAAUGGAGAGAUGCAGAUAUUUCUUUUGAUGUUUAUGAUGCAAAGAGGGAUCGAUUUCGUUGUGAUCAGUGCUGGUGGUCUGCGAGGAUUGAUGCUCUUUAUUUUGUGGACUACAAAACUGGUGCAUCCGACGCUUGGCUUGAUUGGCAUGGCUUUGUGUAG